GAGCGCGCCUGGGAAGCGGUUGCGCGCGACAGCUGACAGAUUUGGCCCAGUUUCAGAACAUCACACCGGUUGAAAGGAAGUAUCUGGAUCUAAGCGGAAAAUCCCGGAUUUUGUUGUUUAAAGAUCUAAAUUCUGUGUAUAGUAGAGAUCAGAGCAGACAGGAAAGGACCGGAUGAGACCUGUGUGAGCAGAAACUCUUUAGGAAGCUCAAGGUUUUUAGGUUCCACUUCCAAUCCGGUCGAACAUCGCUGUUAGUUCGGACCUAAAAUGUGCUCUGUAUUAACAAGGGUAAGACCCAUUCACCGGGCUGUAGCCUUGACUCUUCGACUCGGAGCCAACACCGAGGGCUCGAGUUAUGUGGCGACCCAGAGGAAGCGUUUCUCCCCCGGCGUGAGCUCUGCCGCGGCUAACGGCAGGUUUUACUGCUCCAGGGCGGCGAAGACCGAAGGACUGCUGUUCAGACAACUAUUUGAGGUGGAGAGCUGCACCUACACCUACCUGCUGGCAGACACCAACACCAAAGAGGCCAUUAUUAUUGAUCCUGUGCUGGAGACAAUGGACAGGGAUCUAAUCCUGGUGAAGGAGCUGGGGCUCAAUCUGAUUUUUGCAGUAAACACCCACUGCCAUGCAGACCACAUAACGAGCUCUGGGUUGAUGAAGAAAAAAAUUGCAGGAUUGAAGAGUGCCAUCUCUAAACACAGCGGCGCCUCUGCAGAUAUCCUGCUGUCGGAAGGCGACCGGAUCCCCUUUGGAAAACAUUACCUUAUUGUGAAAGAAACACCAGGACACACAGAUGGGUGCACAACUCUUGUAUCAGGAGAUGAGAGCAUGGCUUUCACUGGAGACGCUCUGCUCAUCCGAGGCUGCGGCAGAACAGACUUCCAGCAGGGUUGUGCAAAAUGCCUUUAUGAUUCAGUUCACGACAAGAUCUUCACACUGCCUGAUGACUGCCUCGUAUACCCAGCACACGACUAUAUAGGUCAGACCGUUUCCACAGUUGGUGAAGAACGCAAGUUUAACCCUCGCCUGACAAAGUCCAAGGAUGAAUUUGUGGAUAUUAUGAACAGCUUGAAUCUCCCAAAACCAGACAAAAUAGAUAUUUCGGUGCCUGCUAAUCUAGUAUGUGGACUACAUGGACUCUGAAUGCCUUAGAGAGAAGAACGCGUUUAUAAAAUCAGCGACUUAACCACAGAAUGGUUCAGAUUUAAAUGUUUGUUUUAGCAAACUUGGCUGCAACAGCUUACCAUAAGGUGCAUGUUAUGUUUUUUGCAGCCACUUAUGUAACUCUAAGUGUGCUUAAAAUGCUUAAAAAUGUGGUUAGAUUUAAUUAUUGAUUUGGUCUAUACAGACAUAACAGUUUUUGUGUGUGUCUUGAGUUAAAAGUGUGUUUUAUUUACUCUGUGCAGCUGUAGGGUAAUAAAAGUAAU